AAGAACCCACAAAAGCGUGCCCAAAAAAAGGGGGAAAAAACUCUUUUCAUAUCUCUCUCUAUAACCUUUGUAGUUUUGAGUUGUCAAUAAAAACACUUCGUUCUUUUGGGUGGUUUCCUUUCACUUGGUGGGAUUUCUCUAUUUCAAAGGUGGCUUUUCUUAACAUAUUAUAUAUAUUAUAUUUAUAAUAUGAUAUGGCGUUUUUGGUCUGAUUUUCCUCGUUUAAAGGUGUCGGUUUGUAAAGAUUUUAAUGGUUGAGAGGCUCUAUAAGCUGGACAGUUCUUGCUUUGUCAGCUAAUAUCUUCACAAGUUUAGAGUUGUAUCACUUGUUCCUUCUUUGCUCAUAGUAAAGAUUUGUUGGUUUCAUGAUGUGGGUCUUCAUUAUUUUGAGCUCUGGUUGAGUGACUCCUUUAAGAUUAUUGCUAAUUGUUGGUCUUCAAAGUAGUUGAAGAAAGGUGAUAAUAUUGGUGUGUUUGGAGAUCAUAUCUGGUGUGUGAAGGAGAUGGAGAGUGGUUGCUCUAAGAAUGUUGAAUCAUGUCCUAAACUUCUUGAUUUAAUACCUCAAGAAAGAGAGUGGCAUUUGAAGAGAGAAGAGGAGAGAAGGGAUGGAUCCUCAGAGGAGAAGAAGCUGGAACUGAGGCUUGGUCCUCCAGGUGAGAACAACUGGUCCAACAAAAACAAUACUGAGAGAGAUGAGUCUUUACUCUCACUAGGGUACUUCUCUUCCAUGAAGAGCAAUGGAAAACAGACACACAAGUUUCCAUGUCCGGAGGACCACUCUGUUGGGUCAGUUUUGUCCACUCCAUGGGCCAAAAGCCACCAUCAGCAGCAGACAAUGCCUCCAUUUCUCCAGUUCCCAUCAACAACAGCCCCACCACAGACCUUGCCUGUUAUAGCUAAGGAAUCGUCACAGCCCUGUUGCAAUAAAGCUGUAGACUUGCAGGAAGCUGAGAGAAAGGCAUUUAAACCUCCUGCAAAUACAGCUGUGCAUCUCAAUGGUUCUCAGAAAAGAACUGCUCCUGGUCCAGUUGUUGGUUGGCCUCCAAUUCGUUCUAUAAGGAAAAAUCUUGCCAACAGCAGUUCUUCAAAACUAGCUUCUGAAUCACCAACUCACAAGGCUGCUAAUGAAAAACCAGCAGCUGAACCCAAUGGCAAAGGCCUGUUUGUGAAAAUCAACAUGGAUGGAGUUCCCAUCGGUAGGAAAGUGGAUCUCAAAGCCUAUGAUAGCUACGAAAAAUUGUCAACUGCUGUCGAUGAACUCUUCAGAGGCCUCCUUGCAGCUCAAAGAGAUUCCUCUGCUGGUGGAAUAGUGAACAAGCAAGAGGAAGAGAAAGCGAUUACGGGCGUAUUGGACGGAAGUGGGGAAUAUACACUUGUUUAUGAGGAUAACGAAGGAGACAGUAUGCUUGUUGGGGAUGUCCCAUGGCACAUGUUUGUGUCGACUGUGAAGAGGCUGCGUGCGUUGAAGAGCUCCGAGUUAUCUGCCCUUAGCCUUGGAAGCAAUAAGCAAGGAAAGCUACAGGCUUGAAGCUCUUUAAAGAUCCUGAUCAUAGUUCAAAGAAAGAGACUUUGAAUUAUGUUUCGCGUUUUCACAAUUUUCUCCCCUAUUUUGGAAUGCAACUUAUUGCACUCAACAGUAUAAAUAUAUAUAGUUAAGUGGUUUUAUAUGUAAGUUUUGAUGUCUUUCCCUUAAAUGCUUAAUAGCAACUAUCUCGAGUUUGUUAUGUAAA